UUAGUUUUAUUUUUUCUAUUUAUAAUGAAAACCCACACCAUACAAUGUCUUAUAACCACAAUUUAUUUUUUUACUUUAAGUAUUGUAAUAGUUUUGAGUCAUAACUUACACGCGACAACUCUUAAACCGAAGGAUAUUCGAAAUUUUUUAGGAACUCGAACUCCAUAUCGAUUUAAAAAUAACAAAAAUGAUACUAGAAUAAGUUUUCCUAGUUGCAAGGAAACAAAAAUAUGGAUGAUUCUACGGCAUGGAACAAGGCUUCCUAGUGCUAAAGAUAUUCUUGGAAUGAACACUAAAUUAAAAGAAUUAAAAUAUGAAAUUUUAAUGAAAAAUAAUCAAGGGAAAGGUACCAUAAAAGAGGACUAUUUAAAUCUAUUUAAAAACUGGUCUAAUGACAUCGAAAUAGAGCAAGAGAAAUAUCUGACAUUAGAAGGGCAAUAUGAAAUGAUACAACUUGCUGAGAGGAUGCAGAAAAGAUUUCCGAACUCUAUUAAAAACAAAUACAACAGUAAACACUUUAAGUUCAAAUACACAGCAACACAAAGAGCUCAACAAAGUGCAAGAUAUUUCACAGUAGGAUUAUUUGACAAAAACAAUUCACAAAGUGUUGUAUUUGAACCAGCACUUAAAGUUGAUACGACAUUGCGAUUUUACAAACACUGUGACAAGUGGCUAAAGCAAGUUAAGAGAAAUCCAAAUACAUAUAAGGAGCAAAUGUUGUAUGGCAAUAGUAAUGAAAUGAAUGUGACACUACAGUCUAUCUCUAAAAGAUUCGGUCUCGAUAGAGUAUUGCGCUUGGAUAUAGCGAAUUUAAUUUAUAAGAUAUGUGGUUAUGAGACAUCUUGGCAUAAAUUUUAUCCAUCACCCUGGUGUAUUGGUUUUGACGAUGUCAGUGUUAAAAUUCUGGAGUAUUAUCAUGAUCUAAAACACUAUUGGCUGGACGGUUAUGGGUUCAACCUGACGUAUAAACAGGCGUGUAUGUUAUUAAAGAAUGUGUUUGAGAGUUUCAGUAAAAAAGGUCCGAACGCAACAUUCCUCUUUGCUCACUCCGGUACAUUAUUGAAGUUGUUAACGCACUUGGAACUUUAUAAGCCAGACUCACAUUUGAUGGGAGACACCAUAGUCAAAGACAGGACGUGGAGAGCGUCAAACAUUGACUGCUUCGCUUCUAACUUAGCUUUUGUUUUAUUCAAGUGCAAAGAUGGAGAUAAAAUAUUAUCGUUACAUCAAGAGAGAAUAAUUAAACUGCCAAUGUGUAAAGAAGAACUCUGUCCGCUUGAAUAUUUAAAGGAAUAUUUCUAUGACUCUAUUCACAAUUGUGAUCAUUCUGAUAUGUGCAGACUUGAUUAGUAUUAUUUUAAAUGGCUGAUCAUUAUACUAACUCAGUGUAUGUCAUGCCUUAUCUUAUCUAUCUAUUUGUAUAAGAUACAUGUAUGUACUACCAGU